AGGAAUGAGAACAAUUAUCCCUCCUCUCAAUAAUGUCUUCUUCUUUUUCGAGUAAUUCUAUGUGUUUAAGUCUUGGCGAGCAAAGUAGCAAAGUCUUCAUUCUUUCUAAACCCUCGUCUUUCUUUGCAAAACCUUGUCGUCGUAAUAACAAAAAUUUCCAUGUGUCAUGCAGUAAUGAUAAUGCCAACAAAAACAAUGGUGAUGAUCAUGAGAAAAACGUUGCAAGGAGAAAUGUGCUUGUUGGUUUAGGAGGGCUUUAUGGUGCUUCCAAUCUAGCACCAUUAGCCUAUGCUUCUCCUAUACCGAUACCUAAUCUGAAAUCUUGUGGUAAAGCCACGAAAGAGGGUAGUAUAGAAGUAGAUUAUAGUUGUUGCCCUCCUACACCAGCUGAAUGGAACAACAUUCCGUAUUAUAAGUUUCCACCUAUGUCCAAACUUCGUAGACGUCCUCGUGCUCAACAAGUGACUGAGGAGUAUAUUGCAAAGUACCAAUUGGCGACUCGAAGAAUGAUGGAUCUGAAUGAAAAGGAUCCUCGUUCAUUCAAGCAACAAGCUAACAUCCAUUGUGCUUAUUGCAACGGUGCUUAUAAAUUUGGUGAUGAUGUUUUACAAGUUCAUUUCAAUUGGCUUUUCUUUCCGUUUCAUAGAUGGUACUUGUACUUCUACGAGCGAAUAUUGGGUAAACUGAUCGAUGAUCCAACUUUCGCUUUACCCUAUUGGAAUUGGGAUCAUCCAGAUGGUAUGCGAUUACCUCCCAUGUUUGAUCGUAGAAAUACUUCCCUUUAUGAUCCAAGACGUAAUCCACACGUCCGUAACGGAACCAUAAUCGAUUUUAGAUUUGGCGGAGAUGAAGAAGUUUCCACUGAUGUUGAACAAACGGUGACUAACAACUUAACUUCAGUGUACCGUGCCAUGAUCACUAAUGCUGCAUGCCCUUUGCAAUUCUUCGGUGCUCGUUACCUUCUUGGGACUAAUAAUACCGACGAUGCCGGAACUAUUGAAAAAAUGCCUCAUACUCCCAUCCACGUUUGGACUGGUACUGUCCGUGGCACGGCUUUGGAGGAUGGUAGAACGUCCUUUGGUGAGGAUAUGGGUAAUUUCUACUCAGCCGGUUUAGACCCGGUUUUCUAUAGCCAUCAUGCCAAUGUCGAUCGUAUGUGGAAUAUAUGGAAAGGAUUAGGCGGGAAAAAAAGAGAUAUCAAAGAAGAAGAUUGGUUAAACUCCGAAUUCUUUUUCUACGACGAAAACCAAAAGCCUUACCGUGUGAGAGUCGGAGACUGUUUGGAUACAAGGAAGAUGGGUUAUGAUUACGCACCAGCAGACAUCCCAUGGAUUAAUUGUAGGCCAACAAGAAAGGGAAGAGAAGGAAAAGUGGAUUCAACAAAAUUUGAUCUAGAAAACAAGGUAUUCCCAAUUACCAACCUCAACAAACCAAUUUCCUUUUGCAUCAAAAGGCCAAAGACGUCAAGGAGUCAAGAGGAUAAAAUCGAAAAAGAAGAGGUGUUAAUGUUCAAGGGUUUAAAGUAUGAUAGAAGCAAAUAUAUAAGAUUUGAUGUCUUCCUAAAUGAGGAUGAGAAUGUGAAUGCAGAUGAACUUGAUAAGGUGGAGUUCGCGGGGACCUACGUCAACUUGCCCCAUAAUCAUGCACAUAAUAAUAACAAAAGGGAUAAUGGUGAGACGUUUCAGCUAGACAUUACAGAAUCUUUGGAGGACUGUGGACUGGAAGACGAUGAUAUCAUUACCGUGACUGUCGUGCCUAAAAAGGGUGGAGGUGCGAUCUCCAUCCAAAGUGUGGCUAUUGAAUUUCUCGAGAGUUAAAUUACCAUGAAUGUAUGUGUAAUCUUCUUAUUUAAAUAAAAAUUUAUCUUUCAUUUGGUAAUAAUACAAAACUAUAGAAAAUAAGA